GAUAUUUUCUAUAAUAAAUUGUAUAACUAUUUAUUAACAAAGAAAGAUGUUUAAAAAAUUUGAUGAGAAGGAUAGUGUAUCGGGUAUACAACAAUUGAAAUCAUCGGUUCAAAAGGGAAUAAGGUCAAAACUUUUGGAAUUGUAUCCUCAUUUAGAAAGUCAUGUGGAUACUAUCAUUCCCAAGAAGGAUGCUUUCAGAAUUGUUAAGUGUCAUGAUCACAUAGAAAUUAUAGUCAAUGCAGCUGGUGAACUUUUAUUCUUUCGACAACGUGAAGGUCCAUGGAUGCCUACGUUGAGGUUAUUACACAAAUAUCCAUUCUUCUUACCGAUGGAACAAGUUGAUAAAGGAGCAAUCAGAUUUGUACUUAGUGGUGCAAAUAUUAUGUGUCCAGGUUUAACGUCUAAAGGUGCUAAAAUGACACCAGUAGAAAAGGGAACCGUUGUUGCAGUUAUGGCAGAAGGAAAACAACAUGCUUUAGCUGUGGGAGUAACUACUCUAUCAACGGAAGAUAUAGCCAAAGUGAAUAAAGGAGUAGGAAUCGAAAAUUAUCAUUAUCUAAAUGAUGGGCUAUGGCAAAUGAAGCCAGUCAAGUAAAAGAGA